UCUCAUAAUUUCAAAUUUAUUCUUACAUUCCAUUGGUUUAUCUUCCACGAUGGUAACGUAACGGAAUCUUGAAAUAUGAUUCGCCGAAUCACUGUUGAACGAAACCCUCCCCAAAUCGAGACAAUCUUACCGGAUAAAGCCUAGACCACUCACUGCAUAAUCCACUGAGAGAGUAUUUUUUCUGAGUUUUUAUCCCAGUUCCCAGAAAACAAUAAUCUGAUGAAAAACAUGGAACCAAAAUCGAUGAUUGUUGUGUUAACGGUGCUUUUAAUAGUAGCUACAGGAGCCGAUUAUGUUAGACCUCCGCCUCGUAAAACACUGCACUUUCCAUGGAGCACUAAGGCUUCUUCUCAUCCUCAACAGGUUCACAUCUCGUUGGCUGGAGAUAAACACAUGCGGAUCACGUGGAUCACCAGUGAUAAAUCUUCUCCUUCAAUUGUUGAAUAUGGAACUUCACGGAAAAGCUACAACUCUAUAGCUAAAGGCGAGAGUACUAGUUAUAGAUACUUUCUGUAUAAGUCUGGAAAGAUACACCAUACUGUCAUUGGGCCACUUGAACAUGAUACCAUGUAUUUCUACCGAUGUGGGGGAAAUGGUCCGGAGUUUCAGUUCAAAACCCCACCAUCUCAUUUUCCGGUUACCUUUGCAGUGGCUGGCGACUUAGGUCAGACUGGAUGGACUAAGUCGACUAUAAAACACAUAAAGCAGUGCAAAUAUGAUGUUCAUGUGCUUCCUGGAGACCUCUCGUAUGCUGAUUACAUGCAGCAUAGGUGGGACACGUUUGGGGAGCUAGUGCAGCCACUUGCAAGUUCAAGACCCUGGAUGGUCACGCAAGGGAACCAUGAGAAGGAGGAGAUACCAAUCUUAAAGAAGGGGUUCGUAUCCUAUAAUUCGAGAUGGAAAAUGCCAUUUGACGAGAGUGGAUCCAAUUCAAAUCUGUAUUAUUCAUUUGAAGUUGCAGGAGUUCAUAUUAUCAUGCUUGGUUCUUAUGCAGAUUAUGACGAGUACUCUGAUCAAUAUAACUGGCUGAAGGCUGAUCUUUCGAAGGUGGAUCGUGAGAGGACACCAUGGCUCCUAGCAGUGUUCCACGUGCCAUGGUAUAACAGCAAUCAUGCUCAUCAAGGUGAAGGUGACGACAUGAUGGCAUCCAUGGAACCGUUACUUUAUGCGGCUGGUGUGGAUGUUGUGUUUGCUGGCCAUGUCCAUGCUUAUGAGCGCUCGAGACGUGUUUAUAAUGGUAAAUUAGAUGCUUGCGGACCCAAUCACAUAACAAUUGGUGACGGAGGUAACCGGGAAGGUUUAGCACACAAGUACUUGAAUCCCCAACCUGAAUGGUCGGUCUUCCGUGAAGCAAGCUUUGGUCACGGCGAGUUCAGGGUAAUGAACUCGACUCACGCAUUUUGGAGCUGGCAUAGGAAUGAUGAUGAUGAAUCGGUGAGGUCUGACCAGGUCUGGAUAACCUCUUUGGUUGGUUCGGGAUGUCUUGCUGAAACGAGUCGUGAACCAAGGAACAUGCUCAUGGAACCUUAAAAUUGGUGGGCUCGGGCAUGUCUUCUUUUGUGUUACCAGGUGCAAUCCUUUGGCAUAUGUAAAUACUUGUCCUUUGUUGGAACAACCUAGUUUCUUUAUGGAUUAUUAGCUCCAAACUGUUUCAUAGACAUGUCUACAAUUGUAAUAUGGUAACCAUACAUGUUAAUAUCUUAUCCAUGUUCCAUUCAAAAGAACUUAAAUUAAAAUACUUAAUAGCAUGGCGAUAUAUUUAUUCAAAACUUCUUCUUUGAGCA